GGGGGAACAUGUAUGUCGACUCAAAAGCAGCCUGUCUUCUUCACGGGUCGCCUGUUUGCGCGGUGAGACAGACCAGAACGACCUCAAGUGACUUUUCUGUGUCCUUUGUUUUGCCGCGUGCGCUUGUGGAACAGCCAGAGAGGAUGUGUUUGUGUCUUCAGCCCACACCUGCAACAAGGAAACAGUGAAUGGUUCUUUUGUUUUUUUAUAUAUAUAUAAUUCUUUCCUGUUGUUGCUUUCACUAAGUUUCCUUGUGUUAGGUUUAAGGACUCUCAUUGGAAUAUGCGCCUUUUGCGUGACAACCUGGACUUGAAUCGGGUUUAGACUGUGACCUGGAGCACCACCUUUGAACCUGCGGCGGAACCUGGCUGCAGACCCAGCUGAUGUGUUCCUUGAUGAAACCUCGCUGUUUCAGUCUGGAGUGACGCGCUGUGACGCUGACGCGCAGAGUUGUUGUUUUUUUUAACAGCUUUCACUGACACCUGCAGUUUUUUCAUAGUCUUGCAAAAGCCUCAUUGUCACAGGCUGCUGACAUCGCAUCACCAUCCAACUUUUUUUCUUUCCAGAUAAGCGCGCCGCGCGUCAGCGAACGUGCUUUUUUUACGCACACUCAAAAAAGGCGUUUGAGCGCAACGCCGGGGUCGAGCGCAAGGGCAGCACCUGCCGCUGUGAGGUGGAGAAGAUAGAUUUUUUUGUUUUAUUUAUUUUUAAGACAUUAGAAUAAAUAGCAGACAUCAAGAUGACGGACGGUCCGAGACAGAGAAGCAGUAUCGGCUCCGCCAAGGAUGCUGCCGGCGAGGAUGCUUCCGGCAAGGACUCGGGAGGAGUUGCGCUCAAGAAGGAAAUCGGGCUUGUGAGCGCCUGUGGCAUCAUUGUUGGUAACAUUAUCGGCUCAGGUAUCUUUGUCAGUCCGAAGGGAGUGCUGGAGAACGCCAGCUCUGUGGGCUUUGCCCUGAUCGUGUGGAUCAUCACUGGCAUCAUCACGGCCAUUGGUGCGCUGUGCUAUGCCGAGCUGGGUGUCACCAUUCCCAAGUCGGGGGGAGACUACUCCUACGUGAAGGACAUCUUUGGAGGGCUGGCAGGGUUCCUGCGUCUGUGGAUCGCCGUGCUGGUCAUCUACCCAACCAAUCAGGCUGUGAUCGCGCUGACAUUCUCCAACUACGUCCUGCAGCCUCUGUUCCCCACCUGCUUCCCCCCGGAGAACGGCCUGCGCCUGCUGGCUGCCGUCUGCCUCUUGCUGCUGACUUGGGUGAACUGCUCUAGUGUGCGAUGGGCCACCAGAGUGCAGGACUUCUUCACAGCUGGCAAACUUCUGGCCCUCGGCCUCAUCAUCAUCAUGGGCUUCGUGCAGAUCUGCAAAGGAGACUACUACUGGUUGGAGCCAGCCAAUGCCUUUGAGCCCUUCCAGGAGUACGAUGUGGGUUUGAUAGCCUUAGCCUUUCUACAAGGCUCCUUCGCCUAUGGAGGGUGGAAUUUCCUCAACUAUGUCACAGAGGAGCUGGUGGACCCUUAUGUGAACCUGCCACGCGCUAUCUUCAUCUCCAUUCCCCUCGUGACCUUUGUUUACGUCUUUGCCAACAUCGCCUACGUCACAGCCAUGAGUCCUCAGGAGCUGCUUGCCUCAAAUGCUGUUGCCGUGACGUUUGGUGAGAAGCUGCUGGGAGUCAUGUCGUGGAUCAUGCCCAUUUCUGUGGCUCUGUCCACCUUCGGGGGAGUCAACGGUUCCCUUUUUACCUCGUCAAGAUUGUUCUUCGCUGGAGCCAGAGAAGGCCACCUCCCCAGCCUGCUGGCUAUGAUUCACGUCAAACGCUGCACUCCCAUCCCUGCGCUGCUCUUCACCUGUCUGUCCACUCUGCUUAUGCUGUGCACCAGUGACAUGUACACACUCAUCAACUACGUGGGCUUCAUCAACUACCUUUUCUAUGGAGUCACAGUCGCCGGGCAGAUUGUCCUGCGCAUCAAACAGCCCGACAUGCACCGGCCGAUCAAGAUCAGUCUGAUAUGGCCGGUUAUUUACCUCAUCUUCUGGGCCUUCCUGCUCAUCUUCUCUCUUUACUCUGAGCCCGUGGUGUGCGGCAUCGGCCUGGCCAUCAUGUUGACUGGUGUCCCUGUUUACUUCCUGGGAGUCUACUGGGACAACAAGCCACAGUGCUUUAAUUCUUUUGUUGGCAAAAUGACAUACUUGGGCCAGAAGUUCUGCGUGGUUGUUUACCCGGCUGAAAGUAAAGGCAGCAGCAGCGAGAGCUGCAGUGCAGAAGGAGAGGAAGGAGAGGAGAUGAAGGAGACCAGAUCUCCUCUGUCCAAGGACGACGGAGAUUCAAGCAAGACAGCGGACUGCUAAAGCUCCUUUCUAUCAUCACUCACCUUCCCCUAACAUAAACAGAUGCACAUGUGGGCGCACACAUACACAAAGACACAUGCAAACAAACAUGCGAUAGCCUACGUCACAGUUUGUCAUGGAUCAACACAUCAUGUGUUUUAUUCAUUUUUUUCAGUAUUGAACUAACCAAUAGUUUCUUUGCCAAAUAUAAUCAGAGAUGACACGACCUCACACUUUUCUAUCUUGGGUCUCUCAAAAGUGCAAUAAAAGGUUGGAGCCUUCCAACUUCUGCGUACGUGCUCAAACAGACACAAUUUUACUAUUCUUCAUCAUCAUCAUCAUCAUCCUCAUCAUCCUCAUCCUGCUUCUAAUCCUCCCUCUUCCCCUCCACACACUGUCUGCACACUCCCACUGUAACGGUGACUUUUUAAAUUUUUUUUUUUGUAUUAUUAUCAAGAGACUUUCACUGUUAUGCGUUGGCUACGCAAACACGUCUUAAUUUUAAUUAUUUGUUUUGGUCCCAUUGUAAACUUUCCUUUGUCGUACCUUCAACACACCAAAGCUACAUUUAGAUAGCACAACAUUAUAUUCAGAUCAAACCAUUUCAGUUUCAACAAGUGCUGUCGUUUUUUUUGUUUUUGGUUCUUUGUUGUUUUCCUUCUUAAACAUGGCUGUGAUUCCAAAUUGUUUCUCUCUCUUUUUUUUUUUUUAGUGAUUGUGAUAAUUGUUUAUAUCAAUUAACUUUGUUGUCAUUAUAGUUUUAAUAUGUACAUGGUUUUUUUUUUUCAUUCGACAUCAUAUUCAUUCGGGCCUAUUGUUUUUUUAUUACUCUUGAACCAGCAAUGUUGUGUGAGCUGUAUUUUGUGUUGGUAAAUGCUGCACAGUUCUUGUAAACUGACUUAAGUAGGAUCAUUUCUGUACUCUGGCACCAUUAUUGUGGAAGAUACAUUGCUGCAGAAGCAUUUUCAGUUCAUAAAAAUCCGUUUUUU